AUGCCGAUUAACAAGGCAAAGUCUGCAGUGCCCUCUUUCGAAUGGGGAUUUCAGAAUCGGCGGGGUCCCUAUUCUCGUCUGGUCCCAUGCCCGACGAAUCCAUGCGGAAUAGCGCCCGUCUGUGCUGCUCCAUAUAAAAAGGUGAAAAAUUUGGUCACCAACAAGACUCAAUGUGGCCUUCAAUUGGCGCCCAAUCAAGUUCUCCACCCGCCCGGUCUCACCGAUCCCGAGUGCAUAGAGGCGACCACACCUUUACCACCAACUACGACACGUCCUCUUGCCAAAUUCAGAACGGAUGGAGCCGGUUGUCUCACAGCCACCUACACAUGUCGGCGAAAUGAUUUCCCGAAUAAAAAUAUGUUCUUCGGUGUCAUGACUCAAGUGCCAACAGGGACUCGAUUUUUUGCCUACAUCAAAUAUGGGAAUCCGGUGAUCUCCGAUUCAGCCCAUUACUUCCUUUGUUCGCCGAGUGCCGAAUGGGACUAUGUGGGGUCAACCGGUGGAAAUUUGAUCACCGCCGUGCAAAUCGCCUGCUACAUCAACGCGACAACAAGCGGU